CCGCCGCAAGAUGGCGGCGCCCUUAGCGCAGCAGCUGCAGGAGCUGCUCGACCCCCGGCCCAGCUUCCGCGACCCCGAGGACGACGCGGAGGAAGCUACGGUUGCUAAAGUGAUUGACAAAUUUGAGGAUGAAACUGCAGAUGACAUUCUCCCAGUUGGUAAUAUACGGAAAAAAGCUUCAGCCUCUCUUCUGGAAGCUGAUAAAAGGUACAUUGGAAAAGCCACAUCUCGCAAAGCCUUACAAGAAGAACUCUGGGGAGGUGUUCUGUCUGAAGAAGGAUCCGCUGACGAAGCAUUAGAUGAAUGGUCCAGCGGCAGUGAAGAUUUGGAAGACAAGGGCAGCUUAGACAGUGAAGCAAAGGAGAAACCCAGCAGUGCUGGCAGUGACCAGGAAGAUGACUUGGAAGACAGUGAAGAGAAAAAAACAGAUUUGUCUGUCAAGAUCAAAGCACCAAAGUUCAGUUCCCAGAACAUCACAGACUUUGAGAAGUUUACAGAGGGGAUGGAUGAUAUAGGCAGCAGUGAAGGGGAGGAUGAAGAUGAUGGCAGCAUAGAAGAAGCAAAUGAUAGUGAGGAAUAUCAGAAUGAAAACCAUGACGAUAUAGAAGAUGCCAAAGAGAGCAAGGAGGAUGGAGGGAUGAUGACAUUCUCAAAAGGACAAAUGGAUGAAGAAGUAGAAAAAGGAAAAGCUGUGAAGAACCAGUUAGCACUGUGGGAUCAACUAUUGGAAGGGAGAAUCAAGAUGCAGAAAGUACUCCUAACAGCUAAUCGGCUUCCGCAGCCAGAUACUUUCCCAACCUUUAAAAAGGAAGGUGGACAAGAAUUUGACAAUGCUGUCAAGAACGGUUAUAAAGCCCUGAAGGCGUUGCUGAGAGUGUUAGUGGACCUUCAAGAUGAGCUGCUUUAUCAAUACCCAGGCACAAGGCAUCUGGUAGAUGGAAAGCAAUCAAAAAUUGAGAGUGAUGAUGAAAUCCUCAGCAGUAAUGAUGAAGAGAAAGGGGAUGAGGCUCAGAAGAAGAGGAGGAGCCUACUGAAACGAAAGCUAAAGAUGGAAGACUACUCAGAAUUUGUGGCCAAGCGAUUUGCUGACUUCAGAACGUAUCGGAACAGUGUCUUGCAAAAGUGGCAUGACAAGACAAAGUUGGCAUCGGGCAAAAUGGGAAAGGGUUUUGGUGCCUUUGAGCGUUCAAUCUUGACUCAGAUUGAUCAUAUUAUGAUGGACAAAGAGAGAUUACUACGGCGGACACAGACCAAGCGAUCAGUAUACAGAGUGCUUGGAAAGCAGGAACAGGAAUCUCAUCCAGUCCCCGAAUCUUUGCCUGAAAAUUCGGAAGUCCUCCCUCAGACAGAUUCCAACAGGCACCUGAAGGAUAUAGAUGAGGAGAUAUUUGAUGAUGAUGACUUCUAUCACCAGCUUCUUCGAGAACUUAUUGAGCGUAAAACCAGCUCACUGGACCCCAACGAUCAGGUAGCAAUGGGCAGACAGUGGCUGGCCAUUCAGAAGUUACGAAGCAAAAUAAAGAAGAAAGUGGACAGAAAAGCCAGCAAAGGGAGGAAAAUCCGGUAUCAUGUCCAUAGCAAGCUGGUGAGCUUCAUGGCACCUAUUGACCACUGUACAAUGAAUGAUGACGCCAGGACAGAGCUUUAUCGUUCGCUGUUUGGAAAAAUCGCGCGCCCUGAAGAACCCGAGCAGAAUUAGCGCUGGGCUCGCGCAUCGGGCCUGACCCCCGGCGGGCCCCGCACCGUGGUCGGCUGCGCAGGUCCCACCCGCGCUGCUGCAGGCUCUCCCGUACUUCAGCCACUUUUGUGCGCGGUGGCAGCAGGCAGCCCUGCCCUCCUGCGCUCGCGUCUGCUGCCCGAGAGCGCCUGGAGCGAGGCCUCGCCGGAGGCUGGCUGGCUCCUCAGCCUGCCUGAAGAGCACCCCGUGGGGUUGCACGAGGCGUUAGCACGCUUCUUGCUGAGGUCAGAGCUGCAGCGUGCUCUUGCCUGCCGCACUGGGCUGCCGCACUGGGCCCCCGCUGUGCGGGGCCGUUUGUUGCACACCGAUCCCCAAUAAAAGGUUCAGCGGCAGAAUGCCGCGCGUGGGACAGACGUUUAGCGUGCCUGGGCGCCCUCCGUGCAUCCUCCCGAAGGCGCUCCGUUUCCACCUCUUCUUCAAUCCCUUGAUUUUGCAGUCUGCUCAGCACAGGUGCGGUGUUCUGCUGGGGGCCCCACUGAGCCCAGCAGGGACCACCAGCCCUCCUUCCCCCCCCCCCCCCCAAGUCUGCUCACCCACCUUUGAAUUAAACCUUUUGAGUUUUUUAUUUGUGGGAUAGGUGAGGGUUUUUGAAGCGUGUAGUUCUGGUCAUUGACUGCAUAUCUGGAACGUGUGACUUUAUUCUCACUGAGUCAAGAGGAUUUAAAUGUCAUUUACAUAAUUAACGUGGCCUUAAAACCCAGAGAAGGUGCUCACUCGUAGAGCCAGCCAGACCUUCCCCUUCACACUCCAGUUUCUGAAGCAGCACUUGCUGCUGGCACGGACAUUUUCUGACUGGUGAUGAGCAUGACGCAGGACACGUCAGGGGCUGUCCCUGGAAUUAGAAGAUCUUGGUGAAUUUUCGGUCUAGCAUUGAUCCUGCACACUUAAUUAUUUCUGCUGAUCAUGACUCCGAGCCAUCCUAGCUUCACCAUCACCAUGACACGCUUCUGAGAGCUGCCGGCACGAGUGUAGAGCUGGCCAGCGGAGAUGGCUCACUUGGGAAUUUCUGUGGGGUUUUUGUAUCCAAAGGUCAGAAGCUGGAAAUUAAAUCCCCGUAAGGGGAAUUUAUUAGCCUGCUGUGAUCAAUCUCAAAUGGAGGUUAUCUUGCGUAAAUAACAUGUGCAUACGUAUGUGUAAUAAGAAGGCCAAUGCUUGUGACCACACGAACUACAGUGUCUUUGUUUUGUGUUUUCUACAACCUAAUUAAAACAUUCUGUAAACUGA